CAUUGUUCUUGUUUUUUAGUACUUCCGUUUUCAGUUAGUUCCUGAUUCCGACAGGUAAAAAGUUUACUGGAAUAUAGCAGACAGACAGACAUCUAAUUAAUGGCGACAAAUUGCCCAUCCCCCGCCGAUAAGGGGAUCGAGCCUCAACUUGUUAUAGGUAUAGACUUCGGCACCACAGGCUCUGGAUACGCUUUCCAAACCAGGGCCGAUUUCAAAUCGGACAGGUUGAGAAUCUACGAGAAUCUGCAAUGGGGAAGGGCGAAGACUCAGUAUAAAACACCAACGUGUUUGCUGGUCAACCCCGAGAGAACUGAUUCUUGGUUCGGUGACGAAGCAGAGCAAGAGUACAUAAAACUUAGGCCGAGGGAUCAGCCAAACAACUGGUUCUUUUUCAGAAACUUCAAAAUGCAAAUAUAUGGAAAGGAAAUUACGACGGAUAUGGUGCUUACCAGCGAGAAUGGGAACGAACUUCCAGCACUAUUUGUUUUCUCGGAAUCCAUCAAGUGGAUGAGGAACCAUGUACUGACUUACCUCGAAAGAACAAACUGUCGGUAUCUAGAGCAGAUGACAAAAUGGGUCCUUACAGUUCCCGCCAUCUGGACAGAGGGUGCGAAACAGCUAAUGAGAAAGGCAGCACAAAGGGCUGGUAUUCAGAGACAAAACCUUUGUAUCGCGCUUGAACCCGAGGUAGCUGCCGUCUAUUGUACAACUGCCGAGGCUAAUCCACCAGACGACCCGAGGCGGGAUUUUGAUAGGACAUUACCGUCAGGUCCCGGCACAACAAAUAUGAUUGUCGAUAUGGGAGGCGGCACUGUUGAUAUAACUACUAUUCAAGUAAAGAAAGAUGGAACCAUGAAACAGAUUCAUAUGGCAGCAGGGGGCCCGGCUGGAGGAAACAAAGUUGACGAAAAAUUCUUCCGCUUUUUGUCCGAUAUCCUCGGUGCUUCGGUGUGGAGAAAAUUUUGCCAGGAUUUCCCUGUUGAAUUCUAUGACUUUAGAAUGUCCUUCGAAACAUCUAAAAGAAACCUCUUGCCAAAAUUACGUCACAAUCGGACGCGUGACGAGUUUCCAAUUUUCAUCCCCGGUACCAUAAUACAGGAAUUUGAACGGGAACAAGAAAAGGAUAUAGCUACAGCCCUUAGGCAGAACGAGAUGACACGAGAUAAAGUUGAGUUCGAGUUCGGAAAGCUGAUUUUCCGAGGGGAAAUAUUACGCCAAAUGAUGAAUAGCUCACUGGAAGAAAUUAUAGGAUAUGUUACUCACGUCGCUAAAGAGGUGAAGGCACUUGGACGACCAAUACAUGCUGCAAUUCUUGUCGGCGGAUUCGCAUCUUCCGAUUUCAUGAAUGACGAAAUGAAAUCAAUUAUUCAAGAAAGGCUUGGAAUCUUGGUCAAGCGUCCAACUCACUGCGAAAUGGCGGUUCUUCGUGGUGCGGUUUUGUUUGGCCAUAACGAGAAUAUUCUAACGUCAAGAGUUGUGCGCAUGACGUAUGGUAUAGGAGUGACGAUGCCAUACAGCUCCAAAUAUCCAAAAGACAAGAAAUUUACAAUGGACGGGAAUGCGUAUGUUAGUGGAGUUUUUGCACCACAUGUUUUCCGAGGACAGGAAGUGAAAAUAGACGAAUGGAUAUCUGCUAACGAAUACUAUCCGCUAGAACAGAAUCAAAAGGAAGUGGUGAUUUAUGUGUUCGCAAGUGAAAGUAAGGACACAAAGUUGACUGACGAAGAGGAUUGCAAAUGUAUCGGAAAAUUUGAAGUGUCAUUCGGGGAAGGGCGCAGAGGGAUCUUGCUCAACAGCGCUUCUACAGAAAUUUCUUUCAAUUUCGGUCGAACUGAACUUAUUAUCAGAGCUAAAGAUACUAAAACAGGAAAUGAGGUUUACGAGUCGCUUACUCUAAAAUGAAAAAAUACGUUUCUGGUGAAAUACAUGCCAGUUUAGAUAAAUGUGUUGACUAGAAAUGCCUACGUAGAUACUUGUCUAGAUAGACAUAUUUUAAUGUAGGAUUUGUUGGGAGCAUUCGGGGAUGGUUAAAAAGUCUGGACUGAAUUUCACAGAACAUAUCUGCAGACGCAUUCGGAAUUUUGCCAUUGGUAUUCUUUGCCAAUAUUUUUAUCGAUGGGAUUAUUAAUAGCACCCAUGAUUGCCAACGAAGCCUAUCGGCAAACAUAAUCAUUGGUACAACUGGCAAUGUUAAUGAUAAAAAAUAAUCCAGUUGCCAUUGAUGACAAAUCAUAUCAUAUGCUUUUUGGUUAUUUGUUAUUCCGUUAAUAUGUUUAUGCGGAUGUCUGUAAAUGGCAUUCGACUGGAAACGUUAAAGUAGCCGACAUAUUUCCUUUCGUCUACUUGAAGUUGUCCUGGAACUCUAUAUAAUACACAUUGUAUAUACAUAUGCAUCUUGUUAAUAGAAACUAUUAUGGGAUCUGUAUUUCUAACAUUUCAAAGGAAUAUCUUUAUUUCAGCUUGUGAGACUAAUAAAGAUCUCACUUGAAAGACAGAAAAUAUGACUAUAAUAUCUGUAAAAGUGACCUUUUACUUAAUUAUGACCUUUUACUUAAUUAUUAGGAAAUUACUGGAGAAACUUCAAAGAUAUUUAGAGAAAUUAGACUUCUUUGUUUAUCAACAAAACUACUACGGUUCUUUCUUUUCUGCAGGUAAAUUGGUUGAAAUGGUGUUUCAGACUAUAUAUACAUGACAAACUUAAUUUAUUUGUUUAAUUAUAUUUUAUAAACGUAAGAAAGACAAUGUGGAGACUGAAAUGUAUAAAUAUGUUUCAAAAAUAUUAUCUUCAUAAGCUGAAAACAUUUUAUCCAGAAUGUGUGUAUAUAGCACUUACAAAAUAGUUCAAAGAAGAAGGAAUUUCAAUAGAUAAAAUUUGUGGAUUAAGAAUAUGUAAAAAAUUUAAUAAAGUUGCUGUUUGAUUUUAGA